ACAAAGCUGUGUGAACUGCUCCUGCGUGACAGUGACCACUUCGUUGAAUACAAUCCUUGGUUUUCCCAUACAGUUCUGCAGAAUCUCUUCAAGUGUAGUAUAAGCCAGGGCCGGCCAGAUCACUCCGCACCUCGUAUUUGGCUCGAACACGCAGUACUUGCAUUUCUCCCAUGGAGGGUACUGUUUUAGCGCUGGGUUGUAAGUAACAUAGAAGGGCUCAAUACUGACAUCCCAUUUAAAAGUUGUGGAUCCAUGAAUGAUCUCUAGUUUCGGAUUUCCCUCUAUAGUGAAUGCUGGGCGACCUUUCUUGCAUGUGUGCACUUCGACCAGGUUCGGCAUGCGUAGGUACUGAAUUUGUGAUUGUCGCAUGGUGAUGCACAUUUUUAUGUAGGUUACACUUUGGAAAAGCUCGUCGACAGUCUCCUGUUCGAGUGAUGAGAUGUCCAGUUCGAUAACGGCUACUCCCCUUGGUUUCCACACUUUCGUGCCGGCGCACAUUUGAACAAAUUCAGUAAUGUUUUUCGCCAGAUGUUCUUCAAUAGAGGCACAUUCUUUAUACGGUCGGAGAUGGCAUGAGUUACAUCGCGACUGCAAGGAUUGGAUAACUUCAUGGUGCAGAACGUAGUUGUACUGAAUUUUGAUAGACUGAUGGUAAUUCAAUGAUCCAAAGCCUUCGGAAUGGUAGGCGGGGAAGCUUAUUCUCCUCAAAUUCCUAUUGUACAUGGCAUCAAAACAAUGUACUCCUUACAUGGUAGGUAGCAAUCGCAGGAGCUUCGGGAAUUCUAUUUCGGUCCAAAGCACAUUCCUCAUUCUGAUAGACAUCUGAACGUGAGUGGCCUCUUUGAAAAGAGCCGUAAACUGCGAGUAUCUCAUCUGACUCAGGUCCAACACAAAAUGGCUGUACGGUCGUGUUUUUAUAAUCUUCUCUCCUCGACAUUGUUGGAUUAGUUGACCAUAGUUGAAAGGUGAGACCGGCUCGAUUGCACUGCAUUUGGACCACUUGAAGAUAUCACAGUACGAGCAGAGAUAUCGAAGACUCUCCAUGCUAGCCUGGUUCAACACUCUAUUGCCAUCCACCGUAACUACAGUUGGCCCGAAAACAUUUCUGUCGAAUUGAUAGCGUCUCAAAAUGCUGAAUCGUACCAGCUGAGCGUUAUUUCUUAUUGUAAUACCUCUGAUAUAUUCGACUUUGGGCAGAUCUAGAUUUAUGAAUCCCGUGUUUUGCACGUAGAUAUGGAAGUUGAUUCUACGAGCAUUAACGAAAAGAUUGUUGAACAAAGCUCGGUGAUCCUAAUUGCAUGGAAUUCCUUUUGAACGGUUUCUUUGAAUCCGAGGACUUCUUUUCCUGCACAACCUUCGGCGAAGUUCACAUAAUCGGCAUCAGUGACCAGCGCGGGAUAGCUGGCACUUUCUUGA